AGUUUGUUCAUAAAGCCUGAGAGUGUCCCUCAUGCCCUGUGCACUCUUCUGGCUCUGUUACUGAGCUCUACCUCUCUCCAGGCCUUCAAUCACUCAUCUGUUCAUUCACUUCAGCGAGCAUGAGUUUGAGAACAAGCUACAGUGUGCGUUCCUCCACCUCCCAGGUGCCGGUGUCCCAGAUGUCCAUCAAGCGUACCACCAAUGUGCCGACUUACCGGGCUGCGAGCAUCUACGGCGGCGCCGGAGGUCAAGGAACCCGAAUCUCCUCUGCCUCCUACUCAGGUGUCCGCAGUGGUGUGGGAUUUCCCUCAAUGUCCAGCUCCAUCCAAGUGAGUGCCACUGGAGCCACAGGUGAGAUCAUGGGCAAUGAGAAGAUGGCCAUGCAGAACUUGAAUGACCGUCUGGCCUCCUACCUGGAGAAAGUGAGGACCCUGGAGCAGGCCAACAGCAAGCUGGAGCUGAAGAUCCGUGAGGCCCUGGAGAAGAAAGGUCCUGAUGUCCACGACUACAGCCGCUUCCAGCCCAUCGUUGACGAUCUGCGCAAGAAGAUCUUUGAUGCCACCGCAAACAAUACCCGGCUAGUGCUCCAGAUUGAUAACGCCCGCCUGGCAGCUGAUGACUUCAGAGUCAAGUAUGAAUCUGAGCUGUCCAUCCGCCAAGGUGUGGAGGCUGACAUUGCUGGCCUGAGAAAGAUCAUUGAUGACACCAACCUGAACCGCAUGAACCUUGAAAGCGAGAUUGAGGCCCUCAAGGAAGAGCUCAUCUUCCUUAAGAAGAACCAUGACAAUGAGGUAAUGGAGCUUCGUAACCAGAUCUCCCAGUCAGGAGUGCAGGUGGAUGUUGAUGCCCCUAAAGGACAAGAUCUGGCCCAGAUCAUGGAGGAGAUAAGAGCCAAGUAUGAGAAGAUGGCUCUGAAGAACCAGGAGGAGCUGAAGGCCUGGCACGAAUCUCAGAUCACAGAGAUUCAGGUACAAGUCACACAGAACACAGAGGCCCUCCAGGGUGCACGUACAGAAGUCAACGAACUUCGCAGACAAAUUCAGACAUUGGAGAUCGAGCUGGGGUCACAGAAGAACCUGAAAGGAUCACUGGAGGCCAAUCUGCGAGACACAGAAAUGCGCUACAACAUGGAGAUUGAGAGUCUCAAUGCUGUCGUUAUGCAACUGGAGGCUGAACUCACACAACUGCGCAACAACAUCCAGCAACAGACGCAUGAUUACGAGUCUCUGCUGAACAUCAAGAUGAAGCUGGAGGCAGAAAUUGCCACCUACAGGAGGCUUCUGGAUGGUGGGGACUUCAAGCUCCAGGAUGCUCUUGAAGAGCAAAAGAAGGUGAAAGUAAUGACGGUCACACAGACGCUGGUGGAUGGGAAGGUGGUGUCUUCAAGCACAGAAACCAAGGAGAGGAAACUUUGAACAUCAAAUUUCAGAUCAACCUCCAC